AUGGCCGAGGACCACGGGUCGUCGCGGCACAUGUCGGCGUCGCAGAAGGAGCUGGGCGACGAGGACGCCCGCGUGGUGCGCGUGGGCGACGCCGCGCGCACCAACGAGCGCCUCGACCUCGCGGGCAACGCCGUGCGCACCGCCAAGUACUCGCCGCUCACCUUCCUGCCGCGGAACCUCUUCGAGCAGUUCCACCGCCUCGCCUACGUCUACUUCCUCGCCAUCGCCGUGCUCAACCAGCUGCCCCAGCUCGCCGUAUUCGGCCGGGGCGCCUCCGUCAUGCCGCUCGCCUUCGUCCUCCUCGUCACCGCCGUCAAGGACGCGUACGAGGACUGGCGACGCCACCGCUCCGACCGCGCCGAGAACGGACGCCUCGCCGCGGUCCUCUCCCCCGGGGGCGGUGGCGCCCAGUUCGUCCCGACCGAGUGGAAGCACGUCCGAGUCGGCGACGUCGUGCGCGUCGUGUCCGACGAGUCGCUCCCGGCGGACAUGGUCCUCCUCGCCACCAGCGAACCCACCGGCGUCGCCUACGUGCAGACGCUAAACCUUGACGGUGAGUCCAACCUCAAGACGCGCUACGCCAAGCAAGAGACGCUGUCCACGCCGCCCGAGCGCCUCGCCGGGGCCGUCAUCCGCAGCGAGCGCCCCAACCGCAACAUCUACGGCUUCCAGGCCAACCUCGAUCUCGAAGGGGAGACCCGCCGGAUACCGCUCGGCCCGUCCAACAUCGUGCUGCGCGGCUGCGAGCUCAAGAACACGGCCUGGGCAGUCGGCGUGGUGGUGUACGCGGGGCGGGAGACCAAGGCCAUGCUCAACAACGCCGGCGCGCCCAAGAAGCGCAGCCGCCUGGAGACGCACAUGAACCGCGAGACGCUUUUCCUCUCUGCCAUCCUCGUCGUGCUCUGCUCCAUCGUCGCCGCGCUCUCUGGCGUCUGGCUGCACACCCACGAGGAGGGGCUCGAGCUCGCGCAGUUCUUUCACAAGAAGGACUACCUGCGCCGCGACAAGGACAAUGACUACCGGAACUACAAUUACUACGGCAUCGCGGCCCAAAUCGUGUUCAUCUACCUCAUGGCGGUCAUCGUGUUCCAGAUCAUGAUACCCAUCUCGCUCUACAUCUCCAUGGAGCUCGUCAGGCUGGGGCAGGCCUACUUCAUGAUCCGGGACACGAGGCUGUACGACGAGUCCUCCAAUUCGAGGUUCCAGUGCCGGGCUCUCAACAUCAACGAGGACCUAGGCCAGAUUAAGUGCAUAUUCUCCGAUAAGACCGGCACGCUCACGCAGAAUAAGAUGGAGUUCCGGUGCGCGAGCGUUGACGGUAUCGAUUACAGUGACAUCGCACGGCAGCGGCCUCCUGAGGGUGAUCGGAUUUGGGUGCCAAAAAUAUCGGUGAACACCGAUCCGGAGCUGGUGAAGUUGAUCAGGGAUGGGGCUGAUACCGAGCAAGGGACGCAGACUCGAGAGUUCUUUGUCGCCCUGGCAACGUGCAACACCAUUGUUCCCAUGAUCGCUGAUGGUCCGGACCCUAAGAAGAAGGUGAUUGAUUACCAAGGCGAGUCACCAGAUGAGCAGGCAUUGGUCUCUGCCGCCGCGGCAUAUGGCUUUGUGCUAGUCGAACGAACAUCGGGCCACAUUGUUAUCGACGUCCUUGGUGAGAAGCUGAGAUAUGAUGUCCUUGGUCUUCACGAGUUUGACAGUGAUCGCAAGAGGAUGUCUGUUAUAAUUGGCUGCCCUGAUAAGUCUGUCAAGCUGUUUGUUAAAGGCGCAGAUAGUUUGAUGUUUGGAGUCAUUGACAAAACUGUGAAUUCAGAUGUUGUCCAAUCAACAGAGAAGCAUCUCCAUUCAUAUUCGUCAUUAGGUCUGCGAACACUUGUCAUUGGUAUGCGGGAACUUAGCCAAGAAGAGUUUCAGGAGUGGCAAAUGGCUUAUGAAAAGGCUAGCACCGCACUGCUAGGAAGAGGAAACCAACUCCGCAAUGUGGCUGCCAGCAUCGAGACGAACUUGCGUCUAUUAGGUGCCACUGGAAUUGAUGACAAGCUGCAGGAUGGAGUACCUGAAGCAAUUGAGAAACUAAGGGAAGCAGGGAUUAAGGUUUGGGUGUUAACAGGUGACAAGCAAGAAACUGCCAUUUCCAUCGGCUAUUCCUGCAAGCUUUUGACAAGGGACAUGACACAGAUUGUAAUUAACAGUCGCUCAAGAGACUCAUGCAGGAAGAGUCUAGAAGAUGCAAUCGCCAUGGUUAACAAAUACCAAUCAUUCUCGACAGACCCCCAACUUAGGGUGCCCCUUGCUUUGAUUAUUGAUGGUAAUAGCCUUGUCUACAUUUUCGAUACGGAUUGGGAAGAGAAGCUUUUUGAAAUCGCUAUAGCUUGCGACGUCGUCCUAUGCUGUCGUGUAGCUCCACUUCAGAAGGCUGGUAUUGUUGAUCUCAUAAAGAAGCGAACAAGUGACAUGACUCUAGCUAUUGGAGAUGGUGCAAAUGAUGUAUCCAUGAUUCAAAUGGCUGACGUUGGCAUUGGCAUCAGUGGGCAAGAGGGAAGGCAAGCUGUAAUGGCCUCAGAUUUUGCCAUGGGGCAAUUCAGAUUUUUGGUUCCUCUAUUGUUGGUUCAUGGCCAUUGGAACUACCAGAGGAUGGCCUACAUGAUCCUAUAUAACUUCUACAGAAAUGCUACUUUUGUCUUUGUGCUAUUCUGGUAUGUACUUUACACUGGUUUCACCCUGACAACAGCAAUAACUGAGUGGAGCAGCGUGCUAUACUCCGUGAUAUAUACUGCUGUCCCUACUAUUGUUGUUGCCAUUCUCGAUAAGGAUCUCAGCCGCCGGACAUUGCUGAAGUAUCCCCAACUCUAUGGCCCAGGGCAGCGUGAGGAGAAUUACAACCUGAGGCUAUUCAUAUUCAUCAUGAUAGACUCCGUCUGGCAGAGCCUUGCAUGUUUCUUCAUCCCUUACCUUGCAUACAGGAAGAGUGUCAUUGACGGUUCCAGCCUCGGAGACCUAUGGACACUAUCUGUGGUUAUUCUUGUUAACAUUCACCUGGCAAUGGAUGUCAUCAGAUGGAACUGGAUUACACAUGUGGCAAUAUGGGGUAGCAUUGCUGCGACAUGGAUUUGCGUCAUGAUCAUAGAUUCCAUACCAAUCAUGCCUGGUUUCUGGGCAAUCUAUAAGGUGAUGGGAACUGGGUUGUUCUGGGCACUUCUGCUUGCGGUAACCGUUGUUGGGAUGAUUCCUCAUUUUGCCGCAAAGGCCUUCAGUGAGUAUUUCAUCCCCAGUGACAUUCAGAUUGCAAGAGAAAUGGAGAAGUCGCAAGAUUUCCAAGAUGUAACUCAUCCAGAAGUUCAAAUGAGUACAGAUAACAUUACAUGGACCAGGGAAUUUGGGAAAUUCCUUCCCCUGUCGCUGUCACAAGAUGCAGCUGGUCAGCACAACAUCAUUUUGCAUAAUAUCAACUGGGUGAAUGUUGCCAAUGCCAACCAAGGAGGCCUUAAUACCAGAUUCAGUAGGGCUGGCCAACAACGACCGGGUGCGGCCUCUUCUACCCCAGGCCCCUGA